GGUUUAUGGCAAGUUUGAGAUGGCGGGCUUGAGUGACGAUGAGGAGGGCGAGGGUGAGAACGCAACGGGAGCAAAGUCCAGGGAGCAGCCGAAAGAAGGGAACGAAGAAGGAACGAUCGGAACGCGCCUGCUCGAUUCGGGAGAUUAUGGCCU